UCCAAAAGCAGUUGGCAAAAGACUCUGAACAAGCGGCAAACUACACCAACUGGUGAUUAGCACUUAGCCAUGGCUUCUGUGGCAAAAGUUCCGUACAUUCUCCGACCGCCGAAACCUCUUCAUCACAAAGGCGGCAGCAGCUGCAGCAACAACUUCAAAUUUCUCUGCCGCCAAUUUCUUGUUCACAGAAACACCGGGUUGGUCCCUUCUGACAUCUGCUCCGUUGUCAACGCAGUAGCAUGCCGCUGUCCACGCAGCCUGAAGCGAAGUUCUUCCACUAUCAUCUGCUCCGCUGCUAAUAAGCCAUCCCCUGAAAUCAGUUCUACAGCCAAAAUACGGAGCGAAGUUCUUUCUCCCUUUCGGACUGUUCGGAUGUUCUUUUAUGUUGCUUUCAUAGCAAGUGGUACUCUGGGAGGAUUAAUAGCAACCACACAAUUGAUUGCUGCUCUAACGAACCCCGCAAAAGCAGUUGGAAUCCUUGACAUGGUGAAAGGUCUUGGCAUAGACAUUGGAGCAGUCUCUCUUUUUGCAUUCCUUUAUUCUAGGGAGAACAAUGCUAAGAAUGCUCAACUGGCUAGGCUUUCAAGGGAGGAAAGCCUUUCAAAUCUUAAGCUCCGUGUGGACCAAAAGAAGGUUAUCCCUGCCAGCUCUUUGAGAGGGUUUGCUCGUCUUGUAAUUUGUGCUGGCCCUGCAUCGUACAUUAUGGAGUCUUUUAGACUAAGUGAACCUUUCACUGAAAGCCUUUUGGAGAGAGGAGUGCUUGUAGUACCCUUCGCUACAGAUGGAAAUUUGCCUAAUUUUGAGUUUGAAGAAAAUGAAGAGAACAAGGAGAUUACAACCAAAAGGAAGAGACUCUGGCAGCUGUCACCUGCUUUUGUUUCUGAGUGGUCCAAGUGGCUAGAUGAUCAGAAAACGCUGGCUGAUGUUCCCUCAGAGUCUCCUGUAUAUCUAUCUCUUCGGAUGGAUGGGCGUGUCCGUGGUAGCGGCGUUGGUUACCCCCCUUGGAAUGCAUUUAUUGCGCAAUUACCUCCUGUAAAGGGAAUAUGGUCAGGUCUUUUGGAUGGCAUGGAUGGAAGAGUUCUUUGAAGAGGGUGUUUCCUGUGUUUUGAAGGUCACUUUCUCUUCAACUUGAUGGAAUUAUAAUACCUCACUUUACACCUUUCUGAUAAAAGUUAUGAUAGCCUCCUUGUGAACUUGAUGCAUUUAUUGGUUAUUCAUUGGUCAAUUCUGUAUUCUUUUUUGCUCCUCUCCUUGACUUGCUACCUAUAACAGCAUUCUGUUAGAAUAGGUCUUCUAUCCAUGAUUUUAACAUUUAGCCCAGUUUAUUAUUUCUUGGGAGCAAGAUCAUUUGUAUUUUCUUUCAUUAUUAUUUUUUUUUUUUGAAGCACAAGCGGAGAUUGUCAUCAAUGGCAAAGGUACAAUGAUGCUUGUGCUUCUUAUAAAA